CAGGAAAUGGAAGAAUUGUUGAUGAAUAGCUGUAAAAUGACUAAAAUACACAUUUUUUCUCGUAUUUUGAGUAAUACACAAGCAACUUUUCAGACAAUAAAUCCUUAACUCACUUUUUCACUUAGUUUACGGAUUGAUUUCAUUUGUUCCAUGAGACAAUCGGUCCACAAAUAGUAAACAUGACUUUUGCAUAAAUUUUCUAUUCAUUUUUUUUUCUUUUUUUUUCUUGCAUAAAGUUCUAAUAAAAUUCAACAUUGGCAGUUCAUCUGUCAUUGUUAUAGUGGGACUGAGAGAAGGAGAAAAAGGUGGCUUCGUUUUGUAAUCUUCUAAAAUCUUGUCAGGUGAACAAGGGUUCCUGGCAAAGUUCAAACAUGGAUGACUUGGAUAGUGAAGUUAUCGAGAUCAUACCUAUGGAUGAAUAUGAUACAUACAAGGCGAAAGCUAAAGCAUCUCUGUCGUGGAUACUAUGCAAGGCAUACAAGGACAAAGUGCCAACAGAAUUUCACGAUCCUUUCUACAGUACAUCAGAAGGAUCCUGGCAGAUCAAGCCACGUCUAGCGAACUUGUUGGCCACAAGUGAACUAUACUGUCAGGCCUGUCGGACAAUGUUUGGAGAAAAUGCAUCACAAUGGACAGGACAUUGGAGCAUUAUUCAGGUAUUAUCAAGAAAAGGUAUCUAUGCAGUGGGUUCGGACUCGGUCGAUGUUACAGAAACAAUACUUAUGCAGUCUGCACCAUUUAAAUUGAAAGCCCAUCUGGCUCUGAUAGAUGCAUUAAUGACAGCUUUCUCAAGGGAGAUAAUCAGCAUAGAAAGAGUGACACAGACUGUGCGCAGGUUUGCAACAUUCAAUGCUUCCAGUGAGCUUCCAUCUGACACUGAGGACGCCAUUUUGUUCUGGGUGAAUAAAGUGUGUGUCACAGUCCAGAAAAAUCUAGAGUCAACUGUGAUAGAAGGAGGUGAAACCAGUCAAAAGGUUAGAAUCAUCAGCAGUAAGACACAGGAUUCAAUAUCAGUACCAAUAAUGGAGAGUCUCGUUGAUGAUAUGAGUGACGGCUGUUCUGUUGCCUCCCUCAUCAGCUUUUAUUGUCCUAAUAUACUGAAAAUUGAUGACGUGUGUUUAAAGUCUAACGUUGGUAUUGCUGACUCACUAUACAACCUACGCCUGAUAAGAUCAUUCUGUGAGCGCCAUCUACCACAUAAAACAUGGCACUUCAGUUACGAGGAUCUUCUAUACACACAACAAACUAUCAAACUAAACAUAAUAAUGAUGAUAUCUGAGCUGUUCUACUGGUUCGAGAUUAAGACGUUGCCCAUAGUAACUGGAGGAGGAUUCUCACAAAAUGCUGAACACAGUGAUGGACAACUUCAUUUGAGUACGGCGGCAAAAGUUCCUAAUGUACCAAUUAGUCAAGUAACGAAGCAGAGUUUCCAGCGAUUAAAAGGUGACUCGGAGUUACGAUCGAGCAGUAGUACAGAAAUUCAUAAGAUGAGUCCAACAACACCUGUCGCCAAACAUGCUCCUCUAUUACAUAAAAGACAACAACAUCAUCAUGCUCAAUUUCAUGAUGAAGAUCAUAGUAUUCAAGAUUCCAGACCAGGUGUUCACAGGACAGGUUCUCUAACAACACAUGACCUCAAAUUUUCCCCAAGUGUUCCCAGACAGUCUGUCGUAGCAUGGCCAGAUAAAAGUGGAAAAGAUGGGGCGGAGCCCAGCAAAGCUAGCAGUAACCUACUGUCUAAUGUGAGCAUAGACUCUGAUAUGAACGCAAGCUUCUCUAGUGGAAGCAUAGAUCUUGGUGACCUUGACACGUCGCCACGAUUAAACACAGAACGAUCUCAGUUUGAGGCAACAGAAAGUCAUGACGAAAAUGUGAUAAAUUUUAGUCUUCAAAAUAAAAAGGGAACACCAUUUCCAAAUAAACAAAAAACUCCGUUUCCCGAACAUUUGGAUCUAGCAAGUGUUAAUUCCGGUGCAGAAUUUUGUGUUCCUAGUACCGGCGAGAACCAGUCACAUGACUAUGAGUCUGCAUUUCAUUCCCCAAGGGGUGAUUAUAAUGAAAAUGUACAUAUUAUACCAGUGGAAGGUAACCUUGAGCCUCUUAUGCCUGCUCGACUAAAACCGGCUAAAGAGAAAAUAAAUAAUCACACUAAAGCAGAAGAAAGAGAUGAAACACCAUCUGCAUCUAAAGUGAAAAAAGUAGUACAAAUUGAUCCUCAUUUUGCGGUUAUUGAUAGAUCUGCAAUGUGUGAUGAAAGUACAGAAACUAUUACCCCUGUGCCAGAUAAUGACCUUUUUGACACUUUACGUAAAAGUGUUAUUGACGAUCAAAGUUUGUCAAUGUUUUCUCCGAUGACAGGUAUCGUUAAUGACGAUGAGGAAAUUUUAACACAUAGGAGUGAUGUAACUGUUGCGGAAAGUUAUAUAGUAGACCAUAUUAAAACACCGGAAGCUGCCAGGGCCGCUGGGAUUCCGAUAAUUGACGACUUUAAUCUGACUCCGCGUCGUCUUUCAAGGGAGGGUAGCGUUGCCAGCAGUAAAAGUUCUGGGGAGUAUUCUGACCAUGAAUCUCACAAAAUACACUUUGAUCAUAAAACACAAGAAACGGAAAAUAAAGUUAACAAUAAUAAUGACAAUCUUAGAAAAAAUGAAAAUGAUUUUUCAGACCCUGGGAGAUUUAUUAUACAGAAGCCAGUUAUUAUGUCAAGAACUUUGAAAGACUUUGAUAAGGGUAGAAAAGGUAAUGAAACCAAUUUUGCCCAAAUAAAACAAAUGAAACAGUUUGGAAAUGUCGAUAAUUCAGGAUUUGUAUACAUGCAGCAUGGGCAGGAGGAUGGUCAAAGACCGUCACUGAAAGAUAGUUUUCAUAAAAAGCAACAAGAAUUAAAAAUGACCCUUGGUACAGCCUCUAACCAGAGAACCUGGCAGCAAAAUGCUGAUUCAAGUGUGGGUCAAGCCACCCAAGCGUCCACCAGUGGGGAUGCAACUUCUGAUGCAGCAAGCACAGAACUUCUAAAAAUUAAAAUGAAAUUAGAAGAAAAGCGGAAAGCUAUCCAAAGAAAAAAACAUACCCAAGAAAUUCAACAACAAAAAAUGAGACAAAGAUUAGGUAAAGCUGCUUUCUUACAUGUUGUAGCUAAACCGAAAGAUGACAGUAACGUUGUUCCUGAUAAUACUGGCAAUAUUAUUCUGCCAUCCAGAAUGAUCAACUCGGACCCUUCAUUACCUUUAUCAACAAUCACCGAGUCAAGUAUGACAUCAUCAACAACAUCUUCAUUGUCAUCAUCGUCCUCACCUGUAAAAUCUCCAGCUCACCUGAAAAACCCACGUCCGGUGUCCAGAGACGAUCUACAGCAGACUAUUGAAAAUGUCAGAAUGAAAUGGUUUAACGAUGGUGAUACAACCUCAAAUGGGAGAUAUGAAGCACAAAAUGAAAGUGAAUACCCAGAAGGACAUUUGUCUCCUAAUGGUGACUAUGUAGAUGAGCUGGAAUCUGAAGGACCAGUUAUAAGAAGGCCUGUGUUUGAUCGUAGAAGUACGUCUGUUGAAAGAGUUAGUGUUCAGAAUGAUCAAAAGCCUGUUAAUAGUGAAGUAAGUCCAAGACAUGGUUAUGAUAGGCAAAGUGUCGAAAGGUCUUUAAUUCAGAACUCAGUACAGCAGCCGGUCAUUGAUGGACGUAGUAUUGACGAUCGACAUAUGUCUCAGCCAGGUUAUGACAGAAGGAGUGCCUCUGUUGAAAGACCAGUAGCUCAGAAUUCUUUGCAACAACAAGAUGUUGGUCAAUCUGUGAUAGAUAGACGUAGUUCCUCAGUAGAUCGGGAAGGUAGGAGAGAUUCUGGUAACCGAGCAGAAAAGGGCGAGUCAUACGAUGAGUACAACCAUUCUCUUGAUAAACUGAACCAAAGCCUAUCAGACUUACAAGGGGAAAUUCAAAGGCUAUCUUUGAAACAGAAGAAACCUGAACAAACUUCCAGAGACAUUGACCAAAGGUCAAGGUCAAAGUCCCCUCCAACUGCUCUGGAUGUUAGACAGAAAAUAAUGCCAGAAAGGGCAAAGGUCCAUGAUGAAAGGUCAAGGAGUGCUCACCCCACACAUUCCCAAGGUCGAAGUUCUUCAGAACCAAGGCAGAUUGUACCAGAUUAUGAUAGUGAGCAACAGAUUGGUAAUUAUCAGUCUCAGACAUUACCAAGACAAACAGGGUACCAGCAGACUCAAGGUCAGCCGUUUAUGAUGCAGAAUCCAGCAUCGGUUGCCGGCCCAGCCGGUCCUGUGUACGGAACUCCAAGUCACUUCAUACCUGGAUCAAAUCAACCUGGUAUCCCGCCCACAGCACAGCAGUAUGGUAGUUAUAUCAUGGGUCCCACCACACAGCAACCAAUUGGACACAUGCAUCAACCAAUCCCUUCUCCUUAUCAACACAGUCCUCCACAGGUGUACCCAGGAGCAGCAAGCAUGUAUCCAGGGCAACAGUUCCCUCCACAACCAAUUAUUUCUCCUCAAUCCCAGCCUUAUUCAGCCAUUUAUGCUUCUCCCACCCACACACAGUUCCAGACAUUUCCUCCUAACCUCACUGGUACCUACACAACUUCUGCUCACCAAAAUCUACAAUAUACACCUCCUGGUUCCCAACCUUUACCAUUCAAUACCGGAAACCAGCAAGCUUUUCUACAGCAACAACUACUGUCCCAGACUGGAUCACAAAUUCCUCAACAAACUCAACACUCGACUGUGCCUACGGAUAUUCUAAAUAGACAAACAGACAAUGUGAUACAUGAUAGUUCUAUAAAUAAGUCUGAAACCAUAAUAACGUCUCAACCUAGUGCUAAAACUCAAAUAGAUAGUGAUAGUGUAACAACUGAACAUUCACAAAAAACUGAAACCAGUACAAAUCGAUACGAGUCUCCGGCAGUAGUAAACACAGACAAAGACGUGACAGAGCAGACCCGUAAACCUCCACAAGAAGAAGCCUCAUUUCAGUCUGAACCAAGUAGUUCAAUGACAACAGAAGACAGUAAGAUUGCCCAGCAGGAUACCUCAGUCGGGUUUGUGAUAGGACAAGAUGAAACAUCUUUGAAUCAAAGUGUAGAAGAGGAAAUGUUGAAAAAGAAAGAGAAGAUAGAAAGAAUGAGACAAAAACGACAGGAAGAACAGGAGAGAAAGAAACAAAGGAUUGAAAUGGAAAUGUUAAAGAAACGUGAAGCUGAGAGGGCUAAACAGGAGGAGGCAGAUCGUAGAAAAUCAGAUGAGAAGGCUCGUCGGGAACAAAUUUUCAAACAAUAUUUGGUUAAGAAGGAGGAAGAAGAGGAGGGGCCUAAACCAAAAAGCAAACCGAAACCACGCCCCAAAUCAAUGUUUGUGAAGGGGGGGCCUGAUCAAGAUCUCACUGACUAUGAAUCUUCUGUCACAGCAACUGCUAGCAACGAGGAUCUCUCUUCCAAGUCUGUCAAAGCGCCACCUGGUGGGAAUAAAACGUCUGCCUAUUUUUACACACUGCCAAGAAGUAAACCCACCAUUAUGAAUAUUAAAGGUCCCAGAAAACUUACCCCAAAAUCUAGCAGGCAGUCGAUGAGAAAAGCAGUGUCAUGUCACACCCUGCACAAUGGUAACGGAGAAAGUCAGAAUCUUGCGUACGGAGGUCUGACUCACCGUAGACCACCAUCUCCUGACAUAUAUAGACCGAGAGGUCAGCGUAGCAAUGAAAGUUCCGAGGCUGGGUCCGCACAUGGUGGAGAGUAUUCAGGUCCGAAAUUGUAUGUGAAACCAAGUGCCAAGUCAAAUCGACACAUCAUUAUUAACGCAAUCAGUCACUGUUGUCUGGCCGGCUCUGUCAACACAGAACAGAAAAAUAAAGUCCUUGAGGAAGUAGCCAAAUCUUCAGCUAAACAUUUCUUGAUAUUGUUCCGUGAUGCAAGUUGCGGAUACCGAGGCCUGUAUGGGUUUGAUCCUGACACAGAAGAUUGCUUUAAGAUUGUAGGUGUCGGUCCACGAUCGAUUAAUAAUGAAAUGGUGGAAAAAUACUACAAGUAUAACUCUGGUGCAAAGUCUUUCUCUCAAGUGGCAUCAACCAAGCAUAUAUCAGUGUCUAUAGAUGCAGUCAGCCUACAGAACACAGUCUGGAAAAGAAACCAACCUCCACCAAAGGGCAACAAAUAUUGAUCUUGACCUGUUUCUAUGGUAAUGGCUGUGAUGUAUUUUUGGGUCAAGGUCAAUGUUACUUUUGGUCAAGGUCGUGAUCUAGAUUUAAACGUUAGGAAUCCACUCCUGGUGAAAAUAGAUGUUUGGGUUUGUUAAGAAUUAUAGAAGUUUUGGAAUACUGAAAAAACCAACAAGAUUGAGGACAUUUCUGAUCUAAAAUAAGACUUUGCUUUUGAAAUAAGUAUGAAAGCAUCGUUAUCUAUUUGAUAUAGUUUAAUGUAGAAUAAAUCUUGCUUUCUUUAUUUUGCAAAAAAAUAGUUUUUGUGAAUUUAGUCAUAAAGAUUGAGUUUAUACAGAUAUACAAGGUAGAAAAAUGGGCAUAUUGACAUGCUUGGUGUAAAAAAAACAAUGUGAUAAGUUAUUUAGUGGUGAUUUAAGGAGUCACACUUUACAAAGUAAUGAUUUUGUAUUGGUUUUUAGCUCGACUUUUCUAUGAAAAGGGGAGCUAUCCUACUCGCCCCGGCGUCGGCGUCGGCGUCACACCUUGGUUAAGUUUUUCGUACCACCCCACUUUAUUUCAGAAGUAUUACAAGUAUGGCUUUGAAACUUACCAUACUUGUUCACCAUCAUAACCUCCAUCUACAGACAAGAGUACAUAACUCUGUCAAGGUUUUUGACAGAAUUAUGGCCCUUUUUUGACUUAGAAAGUGUAUUGAGCUUGGUUAAGUUUUUUGUACCACCUCACUUUAUUUCAAAACCAUUGGAGGUAUUGCUUUGAAACUGACCAUACUUGUUUACCAUCACGACCUUCAUCAACAGACAAGAGGACAUAACUCUGUCAAGGUUUUUGACAGAAUUAUGCCCCUUUUUGACUUAGAAAAUACAUUGAAUAUGGGUAAAAUCCACUUAUUGCCUUAACCCUUUGAGAUAUUGCUUUGAAACUUUUAAUGCUAUUUCACAUCAUUACCCCCAUCUGUACGCAAGAGAAGGUAACUCUGUCAAGGAUUUGUUUUAAAAAUUAAGGCCUUUUAUCGACUUAGAAUCUUGGUUAAGUUUUUAGUACCAGUCCACUUUUUGACUGAACUGUUUGAGAUAUUAAUUUGAAAGUUGGAAUACUUGUUUACAAUCAUGAUUCCCAAACAUGUCCAGGAGAAGGUAAUUCUGUCAAAGAUUUUAUUUGAAUUAUGGCCCUUAACUGUCAAUGUUUUGUAUUAUAGGCAAGCACUAAAAAACUUAAAAAAUCUAAAAAAAUUCAUUCCUAUCCACUUGUUCACUUUACCAUAAAUUAUGUCAUAUAAACAUUGCUGUAAUAUUCAAGGGUAUCAAACAACUAGUUCACUUUAAAAAUACAGAGAUUCUUGUAUUGCCUUUUACUGCAAAAACUUUUUUUAUUGGCAAGCAAUAAAAAAGUCGAGCGCGCUGUCUUACGGACAGCUCUUGUUUUGUAUGUUACACAUUUUUCUACAUUUUUGUGUUAUACCUGUCAAGAAUUUUGGCUUAAGUAGUGCCUUCUUGUAUUAAAUUUGUUGUCAAACAAUGCUAUCUCACAAUUUCUGAUACUUUUCUAAUAUGUGUGUGUGCCCUAAAGUACUGCAUUUUCUCUUUUAAAGUUCUGCAUAUAUUGAACUACAAUCCAGAUUACUUAUUGGUAUAUAUUCAACCACAGUUCAGUUUUGUUAAUGGCAUUUAUUCAACCUCUUUGAAGAGUUCUUACUGGCAUAUUUUCAACACUGUCAAGAUUUAUUAUUGGCAUAUAGGCAGCUACUGUCUAGAUUUAUUAUUGGCAUAUGGACAGCUGCUGUCCAGGUUUCAAUUUGUCUAAGAUUUCUGUAGAUUUAAGAUCACACUUACUAUGAAUAUUUUUAGAUUUUAAACACUUUUUAAAUGAGUUAAUUUGAUGGCCCAUCAUUUAAUUCUUAGACUUGAGCUCUGCAAAUCCUGUCAGGGUAUUUAACUCUUCAGUGUAAGGAAGCUUUCCAACAAGAGUAAGGAAAGUUUGAGGUUAAACUAGGGGUGCCUGCACUUGUGUCUGAAAUAAAGAAGGUGAGGCACCUAAGGUCUUCCUCUGCCAGUAAAGCUAGAAUGCUGCUAUAGGACUAUUUCAGUGUCAUGGACACUUAAAACCCAACUGACAAAGAAAGAGACGAUUGUUUUUAUAGGAAAAAUGUGCAUUAUACAAAACAACUCUUGAAGGUACUGAUAUAGUAAAAAAAAAAAGAAAAGAAUGUGAGCUAUCUUUCAUUUAGAGUGAUUAUUUUAGAAUAAGAACAAUGCAGACAAAAAAACUGAUUUCUAUAACUACACAACAUUUUCUCUGUGGUUUAAUUUGCAAAUAUUUUUAAAUGACUAGAAUGAAGUUUUCUUACCACUUCAAUAAGUUUGUUUAUGCUUAAUUUUGGAUAUUCAUAUUAGUUAUUGUACAUUACUUACCCAGAGAUACGUUUUCAUACAUAAAAAAAAAUAAGGUGGAAAAUUAAAUCGCAUUAUAACAUAAUUCUUAAAAAUAAAAACGAACACUUCACCUUUUCCCUCACAUUUUCACUUCCUUUAUUAUGGUGGUAACAAAUUAUUUUUGCAUGAUUUGUGUUAAACCCUAAAUCAAGUUAAUAUUAUUUUAUUUCAUUUUUUGUUUAAUGUCAGAUUUAGCCUACAUGAUUUUGUUAUUGUACAGAUUCAUGAUGGUAAAUUUGGAUCCUAAUAUUAUCUUUAAACGUUUAUUAAACUUUAUUCCAUUCCAAACCUGUAAAAAUCCCACUGCUCUAUUCUAACUCUUUAUUCUCAUAAUAUUUUAAUAAAAGACUUUUCUCAUUUUUUUACAUACCUAAUAUUGUUAUAUAAAAUCACCUGUGAGGAGGGGAAAAAUAAUGACUGUUAAAAUUGCUCAUUUUUCACUGUUUAUGCAUCAUUAUUUGAUUAUAAUUGUAAUAUGUUCUCAGUUCAAGGGUAUAGUGCUAUUUUCACUGACUAAUUCUGUUUGUUUUUAGUGUGUGAGUUUAAUCACUGCCGAAGCUGUAAGUGGUGUAAAAUUGUAAAAAAAAAUGUUUUUUUUUUCAUAUUUUUUUAUAUGUAAAAUGUUCAUAUAUUUGUAUAGGUAAACAAUGUUAACUUUCAUGAUUUGGUGGAGACCUGUACAAUUUUACUUAAACUGAUCAGUGGAGUAAUAGUUAAGUUAAGGAUUUCUUGUUGUUUAUGUUUUGGGGUGAAGUUUUUUGUCUAGAUUAAAAGCAGAUAAUUAAGAAUAAAUAAAAAGUGAUUGUCACAUUGUUUCUAAUAUUUAGAUUUUCUAUUUGACAAUAGAAAUAUAUAGUUUAUUUAUAUUUGGUACACAUACAGUGAUUUAUUACCAUAUAUUACUCUUUUAAAAUUGAUAUAAAGGCCUUUAACAAGACAUGUAUUAAAAGAAGGGCGUUAUUGAUAAUUAAUUUUGACACAUUGUUUAUAUACUGGAGGUAACCACUAAAGUUUUGGUAGCUUAUUCCAUGAUUUAUACUAUUGGUGCAGUGUUAACUAAGUGUUGUGAAAUCAUUUCUGUGUUCAUAUAAAUAAUGGUCCAUGUUAUACUUAUUGUUAUAAAUGUUGACAUAGAAUACACAUUUUUAUAUAUCGAUAAACAUUUUGUAAUGGUGUUGUAGACAUGAAUUGUUUUUUCACCUGCACCUCACAUUCUGUGAAUUCAGAGUUUGCUAUAGUUUGCUGUAUUGAUCAAUAUACAAUGUUUCAUUUUUUGAAAGAGAUAUAACCAGUCUUAAUAAAUUGUAGCCACAUUGUCACCUUAGUGCAAUUACUGGUUAACUGCUAUUUAAUUAAGAAGGACUUUUAAUUGGUUACUGCACUAAGGUGAUGACAGAGUCACAUGUUCUUAAUACGCCAUGCAUAAAUUUCCCCCUAACAUCUCUUGGUUUGCAAGAAAAGUCACUAUUGUUGCAUUAGUGUUCAGUGUUCCAUGCAAAGUUCUAACCAUGUCUAUUAUCUGUAAGAAAUUUUAGCACCAACAUUUUGCUUUGCUUGACAUAAUUUAAAACAAUACCCAACUUCAUAACACUUCCUAACUAGCAUAUUUCACCUUACACACAAAGACAUAAUAUCUGUAUAAGUUGCAUAAUACUGAUGUUAGACUAACUGGUUUUAUCCCUUAGUCAGCUCAGACGCAUCAAAAAAAUAAAAAAUAAAAGUCUAGCUCAGAAUCUUCAGGCUUUUUUUGUCCGAAGUUUAUGGAAUUCUUUUAUAAAAUCUGAAAAUGAAGCAAGCAAUUUUUUAUGGGAUGACAAUUUUCUCAACAUGCAAAGGAUCAAGUUCUUUAAAAUAGAAAAAUUAACAUUAUCAGUUAUGAAAUAAGUACUUCAGCCCAACAUACAAUUACUCAUUGAUUACUCAAAUCGCAAAUGUAAGUUUGAAGAAAAAAUAAAAUCCAAAGAAAUAUGUUCUGACAAAAAAAAUUUUUUUCCAUCAAUACAACAGCACUACAGUACAAAAAUACUGCUUUGUAUUGUGUGAAUUUUGAGUAGAAUCUGCUCGGAAUUGAUGUCUCCGUAACAUUUUAUUAUGAUCAUCAAUCAAUCUGUUUGAUGUCUUAUGAUUCCGUCUUUCAUAAUAUUAAUAAUUGAUUAUACAGUUAUAUGAAAUAUGAACUAUGUUAUUCAGCUAGUCAUACAAGUGUAUACAAGUAUAUAUAUAGUGUGUUGACAUGUUGAUAGAUCUCUGUAGAUUACCUGUUAUAUGCUAUAGGGUUUACUGUUACAGUAUCUUGAUCUGCGAGACUUGCCGAAGGUCAGCAAGAUUUUAGUCUGAGCCUGGAUGUGCCUGGAUUAAUACAGGGAGGAGAAUGAAAGGUUGUCCGCAACCAGUCAGAGCUGCAAUAUAUCAAUGUUAUCUUAACAUCGUCAGCUUGACUUCAAAUUCCAAAAGAAUCCAAAAUAGAAAAUAAUAAAUCUGUGGAAAGGAUUUUAGACCUAAUUGGCUAUGAUCAAAAUAUUGGCAGAAGAUUCUAUCUUUGUCUUUUACGGUAUACAUCCACAAGAACUGAGUAUUGGUCCAAGAUCAAGAUUCUGUAACAUUGACUCUUUUAUUGUGUACCUUCUAAUAUUAAUAUUAGCUUAUAUUUUGAUAUUUUUUGUGACAAUUAUUAUACGAGUGACUGUAGCUUGCCAUAUAUUUAGAGGGUUGAUAUUGACAUUAUGUACAUGUGUAUGUACACAAGAUAUCACAUACACAAGUUGAUGCUCAUUCCACCCUCGUUUAAUAACUUUGUGAUAUUUUACCUCGUCCUGUUUUGUAAAUAUUGCCUAUAUUAUCAUGUAUUACCCUGGCAGUUUUUUUACUGAAUAUUACCUGCGUGAAUUUAUAUUUACUGGCAGAUAUUUACCAUUUUGUGUUGUUUAAUGCUCCAUAGAGAAUUUUCAAUAGAGCAUAAUUAAAGUUACAGUUUGUCUGUCCUUCGUUCUGUCCUCACAGUUACACUGUUGCCUACCUUUUCUCAUAGUUUAUAAUUUAAUUUGAUUUUGAUGUAUUGUGCACAUAAAUUUGGUUACGGUUACAGGUCAUUUGAAUAUAUGAUGCAGUGGCAUAAACAUUUCCUGUUUUUACUCUCACAAAAGUCCUUAAUUUUAGCAGAGAUGUAGGUCACAAUGUUAUCUAUAUCUCUGAUUUCAGUUUUGUUAAAGCAACAUCAGGGAGCAUCUGUCUUUGCUACAGAUAUUUUUGUUUUCAACAUUUCCAUUUUGCUGAUUCCAGUCUAUUUAUUUUAGCAUACUGGACAGUUUAUAUUUUGUUUGCUAUAGAGGGAAACUAGUGUAUCUUGCGUAAGGAGAUAAAACCAGAUUGUUUGUAACCCAUGAUUCCAGUUAAAUUAUUUAUUGCCCUACGUUUGUUAACUAGUUGUUAUUUAGUGCUACAGUAUAUAUUUAUUAAUUUUGUAUAAGUAAUGAAUAUUAUUUUUCACCCACCGCUCUAUGAAGCUAGAUGUUUAUGAUUUUAGAUAAAAAAUUUGAUUUAACAACAUUCAGAAAAUUGGAAUAAUAUUUGGCAGUGUAGAUGAAAAUGUGAUUCAAUGGUUUAAAUAUAAUAACCAUGGAAAGUUUUUGUGAAGUGACUGUUUUUAUAAAAGAAGUAACAAUUAAUCAGAUAAGAAAUGGAAAUGAAAAAGAGUUUCAUGAAUGUAUUAAAAAAUAUCAAUAGAAAUUAAUUUAAAAGUUGAUACAAGUUAUAUUGAACAUUUGAAUGAUGGAAACAAUACACCUUACUUAUACCACCUAUAUAGUCUCACAGGACGUUUUUAUGCCCCCCACAUGUGGCAGGGGAUGAGGGGGCACAUAUAGGUUGCCCUUGUCUGUUAUGUUGUCCCACUGUCCAUUGGUAGACUGACAAAACAGUUGAAUGUGUGGCAUCUGUGUCAUUAUAUAUAUA